CACGCAACACCAUAACACGGAUGUCUCUGCUGUAACUUAUUGUACCGCCGCAUCCUGCCCACUACCCGUCCCCCUCGCCAAUCUUGCCCCUUUGGUUAGACUUGGGGAUUGUCGACGAUAGAAGUCUAGUUAUGAACCAAUUGACGACUUGCAGGAAAGCAUGAUGCAGACCCGGUCACGCCAGACCGGGCUAGGCCUAGCUGCGAAACAGGAUCGUCAGGCUAUCAGUCUCAUUGCUCGUUUCCCUUUGUCUUUCCACGUCUCGUUUAUUCACCUCGUCCAGUACACUCAUCAACCACCCCUCGAGGGUUUUCUGCUCCACCAUGUUCGUUUAAUGGGUCGUCCGUUGGCCUUUUUUAUUUUAUUUUUCUUAAUUUAUAUAGCUUGGGCCAGGACUUGAUCCGAGGGUACCUUGCAGACAGAC